UCGCCACCGUUCAGUGCGAGUCGAUCAGUCGAGCGCGCAACAGCUUAGCAAGGUGGCUUAAGUCUCUCGUUCAUCCAAGAAUUGUGACGCGAUCGCCAGUGAUUAUCACACGUGUGUGGGCGUGUGUGUGUGAUUGUAAAUUUUAAUCAGAAUCGUUAAUCAGUCUCCAGAGGGGCGGAAAGUUUCAUAUUGCACAACCGGCAAGAUGAUCUCGAAGGGAUUAGCUGUGGUUUUGGCUGUGACAGUAGUGCUGGCUCAGAUUAGCCUGAGCGCGGCGGCUCCCCAGUUCCUCACCUUUAAGGACGGCAAAUUCGGAGUAAACUUUGGCGGUUACCAUGCCGAGGCAGGACUUGGUGGUCUACUGACCGGAAAUGCCGCCCACGGAGGACUCUCGGCAUCGGCCGGAACGCCCCACGGACAGCAGGCCGGCGCAGGCCUCGGUGGAAUUCUGGACGGCAACGCUCGCACCGCUGGCGGUCUGUACGCUGGGGCGACAGCCGGCAACGGAGUCGGCGCCAGUGCCGCCCUUGGAGGAGGCCUGAACGGCGAAGGUGGAGCAGGUGGAACCGGAGCGGAAGCCCACGCCGGAGGAAUCAGCCGGAAGGUGGUCAAGCUGGGCCAAACUAAUGGAGCCGCGCCACCGAGUGAGACUAUCCUGGUUCAUGAGGUUCCGCCAGCACCCCAAUCGAUCAACACGCGCUUCAACCACCAGGAGUACGACUCCAACACCAGAACCAAAACCUUUGUCAAGGAGGUUCACACCGAUCUGGAGGCGCCUCCGGCGGUCCAACAGCCCGUCCAAACCCGCACAAAAACCAUCUACAAAAAGAAGGUCAUCACGCGCCCGCAUAAGGUAGCAGUAGUUGAUAGCUCGUACGAACAGGGUGUUCAGGCCGGAGGUUCGGUGUCCAACAGUGUAGAUCUGAAUCGAUUCUUCGAUUUCCAAGCUUUCACAAACAUUGCUGCAAGCUUUGCACAUCCGGCCCCGAUUCCGAGCCCAUCUUCGUCGGUCUUUGUAGAGCAGGAACAUCACCACGAUUCCGAAAUUCAAAAAGAGGUUCACGUCAAGACCCGCUUCGACUCCAACGGCCACAGCGGAGGAGGAUCGACCCAAACCCAAACCUCGACGGUCAACGCCGGCGCCACUCUCAACUCGAACUUCUGGAAUGAUAUCUUCAACAUUCCCAUCUCGACCUUGAGUGCGGUGAACCAGUUUUUGAACAACAAGUCUGGAUCGGGAAGCGGAACCGUCCACGUCCACAAGCACACCGAGGUGCAUUGAACCGCGGUGGCCGGUCCCGGCGAAGGAGAGUGAUGUUAUGCUUUAUCGACGAAUUUUACAGUGUAUUUUCAUUCCAGCUGACUCAUUAUUGUGUAAGAAAUUUCGAAACAAUUUAGAUGAUCAACUUUCAAAAAUAAAAUAAAUUAUUUCUCUAA